GGCCCACGCACGCCGCGUGGCUGUUAGCGCGCGAGACGGGCAGAACACGGGCGAUGAAAACAAGGUGAGGGGGCGUCGUGGGUGCGGGCGCCCGCCCCCAUCACCCCUGCUCCGUCUAGGGCGAGAAGAGGGGCGGCCGCCGCCGCACGCCUACGCGCGCUCGCCGCGGAGGCAGAGGGCCAGGUGGAUGUCCUUCGGCUGGACCGUCACGCGGCCGCUGUGGAUGCACGCGCGGUUGGUGUCGGCGAGCAGCGACACGACGUACGACUCCGUCGCCUCCUGCGCCGCGAGGAUCGCGCUGCUCUGGAAGCGCAGGCCCUCCUUCUGCGCCCCCGACACCUCCCGCACCAGGCGCUGGAAGGGCGCCUUCUGCAGGAGGAGGUCCGUGGAGCGCUGCAACUGGCGGAUCUCGCGCAGCGCCACGGUUCCCGGGCGCCAGCGGAGCUGUGCGUGUUUCACGCGCGUCGCCGCGCCAGGGGCCUUGGGGGCCUUCUUGCUCUUCUUGGACGUGAUGGUCCUCUUGCUGCGAGUUCAGGAGUGCGCUAGUGGAGGGAUAUCAUCCCCCCACUGGCAAGAACCGGCGCGAUUCAAAGUCACACCAGCGAGAGGGAGAAGGGUGUUUUGUUUAUUUAUGUAUUAUUGUUAUUAUUGUUUUUUUAUUUUUAUUUUUUUCGGUCGCCCCGGUGAAGGCGGCGGGGGGCGACGGGCCAAUGACGCGCCGACGCGUGUCCUGUGUGCGCUUUUUGCUUCUUUGCGUGUCUUCUUUGUCUCUUGUGUCGUUUCGCGUUCCAUUCCCCGCUCUGGCGAGAGUUGUGCUUUGGGAGCUUUCUGUUUAUCGAUUUCAUUUUCGUUGCAUGAGGUCGUUGUCCAUGUUGUCUUCCCCUUCUUGAUUUGUUUUUCUACUUUUUCUUGGCAGCGUCGAAUAAGCGUGUAG